AUGGAGCAACGUCAGAAGGUGCUCUCCUUGCGUGGUCGGGUCAACUCAAGUGAAGAAGGGAGGAGAGGUCAUCAAGUGGACUUGGUCAAGUCCAAGGCCAAAAUAUCUAGCUUAGAAUAUGAAAACAAGUCUCUCGCUGAUCGAAUGCUUGUCAUGUCUAAGAAGAAUCUUGAGUCAAAAUGUGUGAAACAAGAUAAAGAUUUUCGUGAAUCAACUGAGUUCUCCAAUAGACUUUCCCAAUGCAAUGCGAAGUUUGAAAGGAUGUUAUCUAUGGGAAAGAGUGUAGGUGAUUAG